UACAGGCUGAGCAAAUUUCUAGGCUAGUAUGAAUUAAUAUCAUUACCUAUAGUGCUUUCCCUUAAUACUUCCCAACUACAUUUUGCUAUUGUUUUUGUAACUAACGCAAUAUCCACCGCAGAUUCGGAAAGCAUAUAAUAUCUGGUUUAACAUACCUUCUAUAAAACCUUUUAAAUUCUUGUACAUUUGCAGCAAGGCUUCUGGCAAUCUAUAAUGUAUAAUGAAUCUAUAAUUACUUUUUUAUUGAUUUAUAAUAAAUCAUUUAUUUAUUGGCACAGGGAUUUCCAUUCUUAGGAUAAAGGGGUGUUGGCAUUUAUUUGCCGAUAGAUAGAUCAGAAUUUAACGGUGGUUGCAUGUGAUUGGUUUGUUGAAAUUCACUUCACCAGAGAGAUGUCGCCCAUUUCAGAGUCCAUUUCUUAACAUAGCUUUCCGCCGGGAGAUAUCACACUCAAACUCGGGCCCAUUGUGUGGGGAUGGUGGGUAUCUUAGAAUACAUACAUGCAGUUCAUUAUUUUGUUGCCAAGUUUUCCUUUCUAACUUUGGCUGCUGCUGCAACUGUAUUGCUUUUAGUCUGAACUAUAUUUUCUAUUAUCAUUGUUUGUUUUUCUGUAGUGUAGGUGGCUAUACCUCUCCAUAUUUGCAGUUGGUCAUCUGGUGCCAACAAAGUCCAACACCGCUCCUUUUAACACAAUGUAGGAAUUCCCCUUUUCAUCAAUUUGAACAGACUGGGUACCAUUUAGGUGGUGCCUAACUCGUCUAAAACCAACAAAAAGGAUCAUGCUCCUGCCCAUGACAACGAGAUAUAUUGCAAUACUAACACUUUCAAUUCAAAGUGAAUUUGAAGCCAUUAUCUGAAGGUAAAAUUACUACUUUGUGUUGCUAUAAUGUACUCAUAAUCCACUGGGGAAAAUCUGGGUUGAUUUAGCGAGUUGAAGCACUGUCGUGACAAAACUUGACAGUGGUUAAGCUUUGUCCAACCAGCUAACAAAAAGAUAACCUGAGCAUGUUGCACUUGCUACCAAUAGUAGUUGCAUAAAUUGCAGAGAAUGUUUGAAAGCCAUAUUGGUGGGACCCACUUCAUACUGCUUAACAUUUCUGAGUAGGCUAUAACAGCAGUAGCCACCACUUAGCAUGUACUAUAUGGUAUUGUUCAUGAUAAAGGCCUACCAUUGGAAAUCCUCCCCAUGAUAAGAAUUGCUCUUAAUGCAACAUUAAUGAUAUAACUGAGCUGAUGACACAGGCACACAAUCAAUGUGACAGCUCACAGAACUAGAACAAGUAUUGUGGAAAUUCAAAUUCAAACUGUAGACAAGGAAAAAGAGUUCAUUGUUUAUGAUGAACAGGAUUAAGUUUUAGGCCUACUUUUUGAUAUGACUUGUGAAUGUAAGGUGAAAAAAAAAGGGUAAAAUAAUGUUAUUACCAAUCACAAGCCUUCACUGCAAAACUCACCUGAGAGUUCAAAAUGACUGCACAAGGGCUAUCUUUUAAUGUAUACAUGAUAUGCAUAUGUUAAACAUUGUUAGGCUAUUUUUGUAGCAACAAAAACAUGGGCAUGGCUUGAGACUCUUUCCAUGAAGACCCUACCAACAUGGCUGACGUAAAUUAUUGCCUGGCUGAUGCGCACCCUGGUGGUCAUUUUGGGCAUAGUGCUGCAAAAGUAGGCCUACGGCAAAUGGAAGAAGGAUAGGCUGUGGGGAAAGGUUAGGCUGCUAGUCAGACACAGAUGCCGGUUGUUGAAAUGGCACAUCAUGGCCAUCCCUGCCACAUAUUGCAGUCCACUGAAAAUUCGCGGUCUCUUUCAAUUUUGUUAUCGCACCAAAUUGCAGAUGACGUGGAAUAUUGCGGACAGGCGUGAGUUCAGCUGCUCGGUGGCUACAAGUUAUCCUGCUGCAGUUCUGUCUGGCACAGCAAUUGCCCGGCAGAUCCAUAAAGAGAUACAGGCCAGUGUGGAACAGUUAGUGGCUCAAGGAAACAGACGACCUCACCUGGCCGUGAUCCUGGUAGGAGAUGAUCCAGCGAGCAGAGUGUACGUCAGAAACAAGACCAGAGCUGCCUCAUUGCUAGGCAUCUCCAGCAGUGCUCUGCUGCGACCUGCUGGUGUGAGUCAGGCAGAGCUGCUGGAUUUGAUCGAUCAGAUGAACAGAGACUGGAGAGUCAGUGGCCUACUGGUGCAGCUGCCACUACCAGGGCACAUUAAUGAGAGGGCUGUGUGCAACGCCAUUGCCCCAGAGAAGGAUGUUGACGGGUUUCACAUUGUGAACAUUGGGAAGCUUGUGCUGGAUCAAAGAACAAUGGUUCCGGCAACACCCGCAGCUGUGUGGGAGAUCAUCAAACGCACAGGCAUUGAGACAGUGGGCAAAAAUGUGCUGGUGGUCGGACGCUCCAAGAACGUGGGAAUGCCGAUUGCAAUGCUGCUGCACUCAGACAGAAACCAUGAGCGUCCUGGAGGGGAUGCAACUGUGACCAUCGCCCACAGAUGCACUCCUCGCGACCAGCUUGCACAUCACUGCCGGUUGGCGGACAUCGUCAUUGCCGCUGCAGGUGUUCCACAGCUAAUAACGGCAGACAUGGUAAAGGAGGGAGCUGUUGUCAUUGAUGUGGGCAUCAAUCGCAUCCAUGAGACCGGUUCUGGUAGGAUCCGCCUGGUUGGAGACGUCGACUUUGAAGGUGUGCAGCAAAAAGCAGGCUUUAUUACUCCAGUUCCUGGAGGGGUUGGUCCAGUGACCAUCGCCAUGGUGAUGAAAAAUACUGUUACUGCAGCAAGAAAUGCUUUGGCACACUGAAACAUGGAAACAGACAAACACACUGUACACAUAUUACACCGUGACAACUAUUAUAAGUAUUCAAUGCUUGAAGAAACAGACAAAUGUCUGACGGAACCAGAUGACAAAACGUAUCACAGAUUUUUCUGUGCCACUCUGUGUGUGUAAAUGUGAGGUCUGAAUGAUCUGUAUAUGUCUGUUUAUGUUGUGUUUUAUUUAUGGGGUAUUAGGGUAGGCCAAUAUUAAUGCUUAUUAAGAGGUCAUUUUGUUCUAGUGUCCAUGGUAUGCUUGAAUAUGCUUGUUGUUAAGAAAUAGUUUUGAAAUGUUGUUAUGGUGAAGUCAUGGAGAAAUGUCAUUCUGAUAUUGUUAAAUGAGAAUAUAGAGCCUCUGUUGUACCAAACUGGGAUCUGGGAUAUUAGUUUCUGUACAAUAAAACAUCAGGUUAUUCACA